AUGGUCAAAUCAACGACUAUAUUCAGAGUCCAUGACGCUCUGCCUCUCGCCGCCAGCGUCGACGACGAAUCAACGGAAAAAGCUCUGACAGAAUACAAGCAACAAUCAAAACUCAUCUUCCGCCGUUUGAAUUCCAAUUCUGAGCCUGCUUGCUCCAUCGAGUCUGGUGCUUACACUCUACACUACUUGAUCGUCGACAAGGUCAUAUACAUGUGUAUCUGUGACAACAGCUAUCCCCGAAAGCUUGCAUUCUCUUACCUCGAUGAACUGUCGAAAGAAUUCCAACGGAGCUAUGGGGAUAAGAUUGAUAGUGCUACUCGCCCGUACGCAUUCAUGGGAUUUGAUACAUUCAUUGGCAAGACCACUCGGCUCUACCGCGAUUCACGUUCCCUCACACAACCCGGCGCCGGUCCCUCCUCUUCCAAAGCGCCGGGCACGCAGUUGGACCAACUGAAUGAGAACCUGAAGGACGUGACUCAAAUCAUGACCAAGAACAUGGAGGAUCUGCUUUGGAGAGGUGACAGUCUUGAUAGGAUGUCUCAACUUUCAACAUCCCUCCGCUCCGAGUCCGCUAAAUACCGCAAGGCGGCUCGUCAGAUCAACAUCGACGCGUUGAUACGCAAGUGGGCGCCUGUCGGAGGAAUCGGUUUCUUCUUCAUUCUGUUCAUCUGGUGGAGGUUCUUCUAA